AUGCAGAUCUCCGGACUUUUCUCCAUCCUCGCCGCCGUUGGUGUUGUGGCCGCGCUUCCUCAGAAAAGUGUCUCCUGCCCAGGCGCUAUUAUCGACUACGUAGUGCAGACCAACGACACUUUGACCUCGAUCGCCACUAAAUACGAUUCGGGCAUCUGCCAGAUCGCUUUGCUCAACAACCUCAGCGACCCCAACUACGUCCUCUCCGGCGUUACCCUCAAGGUUCCGACCGACGUCUGCGAUCCUGACAACUCCUCCUGCCUGCCCUCCUCGGGUGGUACCGCCCCUUGUGUCAUCAAAGGGCCCGCUAGCUGGACAGUCCAGUCAGGCGAAACUUUCUACAUCAUCGCCCAGAAACUUGGUCUCAACUACCUCGUUCUGGAAGCUGUAAACCCGAAUGUCGAGGCUACGGACAUCGCCGUCGGCCAGGUCAUCGAUGUUCCCGUCUGCCCCUGCUCCUAG